AGGCAGGGACCUCCCGCAGCCCCGGGGACGUUAUAUCUGUGGGCCCGCGAGUCGCGUCACAAGUCGGCGACUGAGCCUUGGCGGAGGUGGCCGAGGCGGCGAAGGCGGCAGCGGCGGCGACAGCUCUGGGGUUUGCGUCUCGGGGUGUGUCGGCCGCCGCUGCUGCUUGGGCCUGGUAUGUACAAAUGGCUGGUUAGGAUUCUCGGCACCAUUUUCCGUUUCUGUGACCGGUCGGUGCCGCCUGCCCGGGCCCUCCUGAAGAGGCGGCGCUCGAACAGCACUCUGUUUUCUACAGUGGACACUGAUGAAAUACCAGCCAAAAGACCAAGAUUAGAUUGUUUUAUUCACCAAGUGAAAAACAGCCUCUACAAUGCUGCCAGCUUACUUGGAUUCCCAUUCCAGCUGACCACAAAGCCCAUGGUAACCUCUGCUUUUAAUGGAACACGGAAUGUCGCCCCUUCAGGCGAGGUAUUGUCGGACUCUUCAUCUUGUGAACUGACAGGUUCUGGAUCCUGGAACAACAUGCUGAAACUGGGUAAUAAAUCUCCUAAUGGAAUAAGCGACUAUCCAAAGAUCAGAGUGACAGUAACCCGAGAUCAGCCUCGUAGAGUCCUGCCUUCCUUUGGUUUUACUUUGAACUCAGAAGGCUAUAAUAGGAGACCAGGUGGCCGUCGCCAUAGCAAAGGCAAUCCAGAGAGUUCCUUAAACUGGAAGCCUCAGGAACAGGUUGUAACAGAGAUGAUUUCUGAAGAGAGUGGCAAGGGUCUGAGACGUCCUCAUUGUACCGUGGAGGAGGGUGUUCAAAAAGAGGAAAGAGAGAAGUACCGAAGGUUACUGGAGCGACUUAAAGAAGGUGGACAUGGAAACUCUGUUUCUCCUGUAACUUCAGCUCAUCACAGUUCUCAAAGAAAUCAGAUGGAUACAUUAAAGACCAAAGCCUGGGGGGAAGAGCAAAGUCACGGAGUCAGAACAACUCAGUUUGUUCCAAAACAAUACAGAAUCGUUGAAACAAGGGGACCUCUGUGUCCAGUGAGAAGUGAAAAGAGGUAUUCAAAGGGGAAAAUUUCUGAUACAGAGAAGGCAUUUGGAAUCAGACUUGAAAAUGAAGGGAGGGGACACCAGCUGGAACCUGACCUAUCUGAAGAAGUGUCAUCCCGACUCCGCCUGGGCAGUGGAAGCAAUGGGUUACUCAGGAGGAAGAUGUCAAUACUUGAGACAAAAGAAAAAAAUUGCUUAGGCAAAGAGAGGGAUAAAAGGACAGAUGAUCUUCUUGAACUUACAGAGGACAUGGAAAAGGAAAUCAGCAAUGCCCUAGGCCAUGGCCCACAGGAUGAGAUCCUAAGUAGCGCUUUCAAAUUGCGAAUUACCCGAGGAGACAUCCAGACCUUGAAGAACUAUCACUGGCUCAAUGAUGAAGUCAUUAAUUUUUAUAUGAAUCUUCUGGUGGAAAGAAAUAAAAAACAAGGAUAUCCAGCACUUCAUGUGUUCAGUACUUUUUUUUACCCCAAAUUAAAGUCCGGGGGUUACCAAGCCGUGAAAAGAUGGACCAAAGGGGUUAGUCUCUUUGAACAGGAACUUAUUCUGGUGCCUAUUCAUCGGAAGGUACAUUGGAGCCUUGUGGUGAUAGACCUCAGAAAAAGGUGUCUCAAAUAUCUGGAUUCUAUGGGACAAAAGGGCCACAGAAUCUGUGAGAUUCUUCUUCAAUAUUUACAGGAUGAAAGUAAGACCAAAAGAAAUAUUGAUCUGAAUCUUUUAGAAUGGACCCACUACAGCAUGAAGCCACACGAGAUUCCUCAACAGUUGAAUGGGAGUGAUUGUGGAAUGUUUACUUGUAAAUAUGCAGAUUAUAUCUCUCGGGACAAACCUAUCACAUUUACUCAGCACCAGAUGCCUCUCUUUCGGAAGAAAAUGGUGUGGGAAAUUCUUCAUCAGCAGUUGCUGUGAGAGUGCCCCUGGCCCAGUCCCUCCAGCUGCUGCUGAUUUUUUUCCACCGUUGGAUGUUUCCAUAUACCUCAUGCAUUGUGGGUUAAAAGUCCCUACGUCACCUCUCUCACAGGUACUGAGCUGUCAAGAAGUGUGUGAAGGCGUCUCACUGCACCUGAAUCUUGACUUGUGUGCGGAGGGCUGCUUGCAACUCUAAGUCUGUGCCUGCUCAGAGCCCUGGACUGUAUAACCCACACAAGAACAAACGCUAAUUAGAAUUUCUUUAAAGAUUUUUUUUCCCUAUGAAUGUGGGAAAUGCAGGAUUUAUUCUAUGAUUUGUUUUUUUCUGUGUUCACAUGUAUUUCUUUGCUCACUCAUUUGCAAACAUAAUGGGCAGUGGUCAUUAUCUGCUACUCUUUUAGUUAACUCUAAAUUACUUGUGUGAACUAUUUAUUUCAAAUAUGAAAGGCACGUUAAUCAAGCUGCCAGUCCCUGCUGAAGAUUGGGAGGGAAAUCAGUUGGGGAGGAAGGAAGUGUUAAUUAACUUCUCUACCUGGAGCUGUAAGUGGCAACUUGAAGCUGGAGGUCUUUUUUUUGAGGCUUGAAAAUGCUGGGAGAAGUGCUACGGUAUAGGGCCCUGAUUGCCUUUCAGAGGAAGUCUGACACUACAGCAUUGACAUGUGUUGUGGAAAAGUGGAACUGUGGCCAAGGAACUCUGGCUAUGCAAGCAUCUUUAGAAGAGUGUCGUGGUCAUCCUAAAGAGACUUCCCUUUCUGGAAAUGAGGUGACGUGGAUACUCUUGAAACUGGAUUAGAAUUCACUGUAAACUCUAAAUCUUCAUUUUCAUCCCAGAUCUGGUUGAGUAGAAACCUCAGAAUUGUAAGGGCUGGCCUGAGCGGUUUAUUUCAAAAGAUACUAUUCAAUUUAAAACUAUUUUUCCUCAAAGUGUUUUUUUUUUAUAUAUAUAUAUAAAGCUGAAAUUAAGUUUUGUACUCAUUAGGAUUUACAUCGUCUCAUCCCACCCUCACUGAAAUUUGUGGAAGAAAAUUUAGUACUUGGCUCUGAGGUUGCUGAUUAUAUAAUAAUCUAUUUUGCAUAUGAAAGUUUGUAUUUAGCAUUUUUGUUCAUUAAAAACCUUACAGUGGUUUUGCAUUUUUAAUUUCAGAAAGUUUAGAGUUGAUCAGAACAUAUUUUGCAAGAUCCUAGUGCCUAGUGUUGCUUUUCUGAUGUAAUAAAAGGAUGUCUGGCAGAACUUGAAGAGUAUACGCUGAAAUGAUUUCUAAUCCUUUCCCUACUUAAACUCCCCAAACUUGUUCUGGUACACAGAAGAAAGAGGUAAAGCCAGAAAAAUUGGGCAUGUGUUAAUGUUGUAUCAACAUGUCUGUCACAGAGGGCCCAGGUCACUGGUCACAGAAGCAUACUAUUGCAGUCAACUAUCUCUGAGAUGUGUGAAAGUAUUGGUAUAGGUCUUGCGGGGCUGUGGUAUGGAUUGAAACUGUUAGGCCUGCUAAAUGGCCAAACCAGAGAACAUGUGUGCUUAGGUGAUGGGAAAGACUGCGCUGGUUGUGCUGAGUCUCCCUCAAGCUUAGGCUACACCUUCCUCCAGCCUCUGUCCCUUUCUGAAGGCUGCUGGAGCUGUGUCAGUACAUUUUGGGAUCAGGAAGCUGGCAUACCCAAGAAAGGCCUGAGAUUUAUUGGGUCAGCAUUAUACCAAAAACCUGGUUGGCUCCCACUCAGUGCUAGUAGGUUUCACCUGAGAAUUUAGCACCUUGGUUGAGAUUUGUUCCAUGUUGAAUAAGUCCUGUUAGGAAUGGCAGUUUGUAUUGUGCCUAAAUGAGUGCUGCUGGGGUUUAAUAUAUUGGUAUUACAAGUAUUUGAGGGGCAUCUUGGAGCAGCUGUCACUGAGCUUUCCAUUGAUGUGUGCUCUUCAGGGUGGUGGCUCUUCAUGUCUCCCAGGAAAUGACGAAAUUGGUAGCAGCAGAGAAUUAAGCUACAGAAUGGCAUACUACUUUAGUCUGACUUCUGAAUUUAAUAUAAGCUAUCACAGGCCGUGCUUCUCUAGGCACUUGACAUGUCUCUCUUGUUGCAGAGAAACCUGUUACUAAUAGAAUUUUUGUAUCUAAACAGUCUAGAGUAAAGCAGUCAGGUGAUUAAAAAUAGCUAUUGGUUUUAUCAGUAGCAAAUUAUCAACAUUUAAAGCCAGUGAUAGAUAGAUGGAUAUUUUUUAUAUCAAUAGUGUGGGCAUCUGAAAAAAGGUGGAAUGAACUAUCGUUCUUUUUUAGUAGGCAGUCUCUCCUAAAGAUUGGUAAAGAUAAAGAGAGAGAGAGAAAAAAAACAACUGUUGGUGAGCAAGUGUCUUUCUUAUGUCUGAACUUGUAUCAAAACCAGGAUGUGGGUGGGAGGAAAACAGACUUGGGGCAUAUGGAAGAUAUUCUGGAGUGCCCCAUAUUCUACCUCAGUUACCUAAGGCUAUUAGACCUGAUGUUUUUCUCCUCUGAACUCCUAAGCACAACUUGGGGAAUGCCAUGUUGAGUGGUGGAUGUUUGCCUACACUGUGAGGAGUUGCUGGGUGCUGGGACCAAAGUGUGGGUAUGGGGAGAGUAUGUCCUUGGAGAUACAAGGAACUUCAGAUACAAAUAAACAAGAAACUGAAGUGAUAACCUUAGUACCAUCGUUAAGCUACACUGUUUAUUAAGUUGGCUUUCCUGAGCUAAUUGGGAACUUUAUCUCUAAGGUUUCUUUGAGAAAAAUUCUUAGCACCCGUGAUUCAAACAAACUUUUGGUACUUAUUUGUAAGUUGGGGAUCUAGCUGGCCAUAUUGCUUUGACAGUUUUUUUCUUUUAAUUUACCUAAUAUAUACAAUCAGGGGUUUGGGUGUAUUGAAAUAGGUGUUGAUUUUAUCUAUUUACCAAUAAAGUCAUCUCUUAAUUCA